AUAUUAGUAAAGAUGAUGAAAUUAUAGAUAUUGAUGAGGAUGAUGAAAUCAUAGAUAUUGAUGAUGAUUAUGAAAUUAUAGAUAUUAUGAAUAUUAGCAAUGAUGAUAUAGAAAUGAUGGAGAUUAGUAAUGAUAAUGAAUAA